GAGAGGACUUUCACCGACUGAAGGAUAUGUCGGUGUCGAAGCAGAGAGAGCUCAUCACCGAGCAAGCUCUCUACGACGCCGGCCUAAGUUCGGUUCCCCGCUUAGGUUAGCUCGAUCUGUCGGUCAUCUUUUGAUUUUUUUCAUCCAUCUUCAGACUUGUGCUAAUCUUUCGUUGAAAUUGCAGGCAUGCCACCGAGAGUAAGGCUAACAGAUGCCGACAUUCGACAGUAUGCGGCGAGGAAGAGACCGACGCCCGGGGUCGAACCUUCGCGGCCACCCAAGAGGCCCCAGACAUCAUCUCUGACUACCAUUGCAAUGGCGGCUGCGCAGCCUGACACCGAACGAGCGUCUGGCUUUAAACCAGUCAUCGCCUUAUCAGCGCCGGCGGUGCCACCUGAGGUGCCGCCCGAGAAAGGGGCGGCGGAGGGGGCAGCCAAAGGAGUACCGAUGGCCUUGCCUGCGGAAGAGGUUCGGGUUGAAGCACGAGAGCCCGAACAACCUGCGACGGUUCCCGUCGUGCCCUCGGGAGGAACUCAAUCGAGUUCAAGCUUUCCAUCCUUCUCCGAUCUCCGAGCCUGGGCGACUGAUCAGGGGAAGGCUCCGAUGGCGUCGGUGGAUGACACAAGGUCGGCGGACCACAUCGCGUCGUCCGACGUUCGGGUUCUCGAGGGAGCGUCGGCCCUGGCCAACCACAAUUUGGCCAGGAGGUUGUGUCAGGCAACCAUUCUCCCGACCGAUCGGGAGCUCUUGAAGAGUCGGCAGGUGAUCGAGAUGCUCUCUUCCUUCUACCCAACCAUGAUCAGGCUGAUGUACACCAUGACUGAGUUGGAGGUCGAGUAUCGGAGGUUCGACGACAUCCGGACGGUCUGGAAGGAUAGGGCAGAAACCGUCGAAGUCGAGAAGGCGAUGCUGGUGGAACAGCUGAAGCUGUCGGUUGACCACGAAGCCAGGCUCAAGGAAGAGAUUUUUCGACUCAUCGACGAUCUGGCUGCUCGGAGAUCGAACUUCAGUCGGCCCGCGAGCAGGUCAAGCGCAAGACCCAUUCCGCUCAUCGACUGCGGCGUGAGCAGGACGGUUGCAUUAGUGAGCUCGAGGUCGAGCGCGAACAACUUCGGAUCAGCCUGGAGAAUCUGACCAAGGCCGAGGAGAACCUGUCCUCCACCCAAGCCGACGCCGACAUAGCGAUGGCGGAGGCGGAGUUGGCUAAAGAGGCGUUAAGCCGGGCGGUGGAGGACUUUCGCGGCUUGGAUGAGUACCGGGAGGAGCUUCUCGAGAGCGACUUCGUCUCCUACCGAGUGGGGUACGAGGACGCCCGAGAUACAAUUCAGAGGCUGCACCCAGAACUCGAUCUGAGCAGCGUCAUCCCUCCAGGAUCGGAGGACCAAGCUGCAGAGAAGGAGGUUGACCCAAUACCAGAGGAUCAGACCGCUGCAGAGGAGGCCGUCCCUGGGCCGGUGGAACGAGCUACCGAAGGUGAGGUGGCUCCAACCUUCGAUCCCACUCUAACCUGAGUGGGUACACCGGUCGCUCCUGAAUCCUUCCUGAUGCAGA